AUGGCGGUGACGCUGAGCCUGGAGCCGGCGGGCCGCAGCUGCUGGGACGAGCCGCUCAGCAUCUCCGUGCACGGCCUGGCCCCCGAGCAGCCCGUCACGCUGCGCGCCGCCCUGCGCGACGAGAAAGGCGCGCUCUUCCGCGCCCACGCGCGCUACCGCGCCGACGCCCACGGCGGCCUGGACCUGGCGCGCGCGCCCGCGCUGGGCGGCAGCUUCGCGGGGAUCGAGCCCAUGGGGCUGCUCUGGGCCAUGGAGCCCGAACGGCCAUUGUGGCGCCUGAUCAAGCGCGACGUGCAGACGCCCUUCGUGGUGGAGCUGGAGGCGCUGGACGGCCACGAGCCCGACGGCGGGCGGCUGCUGGCGCGGGCGGUGCACGAGCGUCACUUCAUGGCUCCCGGGGUGCGGCGCGUGCCCGUGCGCGAGGGCCGUGUGCGCGCCACGCUCUUCCUGCCUCCAGGAGAUGGACCCUUCCCAGGGCUCAUUGACGUCUAUGGUGUUGGAGGGGGACUGCUGGAAUACCGAGCCAGCCUUGUGGCUGGCCAUGGCUUUGCCACAUUGGCUCUGGCUUUUUAUGACUUUGAAGAUCUCCCUAAGGAUUUCAACAUCAUAGAAGUGGAUUACUUUGAAGAAGCAGUGUGCUACAUGCUUCAACACCCCCAGGUAAAGGGCCCAGAUAUUGGGCUUCUAGGUCUUUCUCUGGGAGCUGAUGUUUGCCUCUCCAUGGCUUCAUUCUUGAAGAAUGUCUCAGCCACAGUCUCCAUCAAUGGCUCUGCAUUCAGUGGAAACAGACACAUACACUACAAGCAGACUAUGAUACCACCAUUGGGCCAUGACCUGAGGAGAAUUAAGGUGGCUUUCUCCGGCAUUCUGGACAUUGUGGAUAUACGGAAUGAUACUGUAGGUGGCUAUGAGAACCCCAGUAUGAUUCCCAUCGAGAAGGCCAAGGGGCCCAUCCUCUUCAUUGCUGGUCAGGAUGACCAUUGCUGGAGGAGUGAGUUAUACACUCAGUUAGCCUCGGAGCGGCUACAGGCUCAUGGAAAGCAAAGGCCCCAGGUCAUCUCUUACCCUGGGACUGGGCAUUACAUUGAACCUCCUUACUUCCCCAUGUGCCCAGCUUCUCUGCACAAAAUAGUGAACAAAGCUGUGAUUUGGGGAGGGGAGGUCAGGGCUCACUCUAAAGCCCAGGUAGAUGCUUGGAAGCAAAUUCUAUCCUUCUUUGGCAAACACUUGGACAAUACCCAGAGCAGAACUUCCUCUAGAUUAUAGUGUUGCUGAUAUGGUAGAUUCAAGGUCAGAUUUUGCUGUUCAGAAACUUUAGGUGAACCAGUUUUCUGCUGGAUAACAUUAAAUUCAUGUUUGGGGUAUUAAUGGUUUAUAGAUCAUUGAAUAAUUUUUUAGUUAAUACAGUAUUUUAUACACAUAACAUGUGCUUGUGAAAUAUUCACAUACAUAUGACACAAUGAAUAAAGUUUUUUAAGAA